AUGUCCAGGUUUGGUUGUUUUGUGAAGGCCUCACUCACUCUGCCUCUCAAUCUGUGCUUCUCUCUCCUCUCCCAUCAGGCUUGUACUGUACCUACAGCUCUCUGUGUGUCUCUCUCUUCCUGCCUCACAAAAGAGCCCUCUGUUCUCUGCGCCACCCCACCCCCUUCCUCAACACCCAAGUGGUACAUUCCCUCUCCUCCUCAUCCUCCCCCUGCAGUGCGUCUCAUUGUGAGGCUCUUCUCCUCACCUUCAGCUGUAGUCCGGCCACAAAGCGGCAUUAUUACGGUACAGUGCCGCAGACACCUGAAGCUGAUGUAUCCGAUAGAUGUUUUGCGGGUGCUGCAGUUGCCUUCCCUCCCUGAAGGUGUGCAGAAGGUCCCGGGUUUCUGCACCUCUCGCCGGUCCGGCACUCCUGAUCAUGCCUACCGCAUCACUAAGAAAGCCCAGAUCUCUGCCCCCACCAAACAACUAUUCUCAGGACGUUUCCCGGAGAACUUCUCCAUCAUGACUCUGGUAAAGGCCAAGGCUGGUCUUCAGGCCUUCCUGAUGUCCAUCUAUAAUGAGCAGGGUGUCCAGCAGCUCGGUCUAGAGUUGGGACGCUCGCCCAUCUUCCUGUAUGAGGACCAGAAUCGCAAACCCGCCCCAGAGGACUACCCACUGUUUAAAGCGGUCAACCUGGCUGAUGGCAAGUGGCACCGCAUUGCCAUUUCUGUGCAGAAGAAGAACAUCACUCUGAUCCUUGACUGCAAGAAUCGCAUUACAAAAACUCUGGCACGUAGCAACAACCCAGUCUUGGACACCAAGGGCAUCACUGUCUUUGGAGCCCGUCUUCUGGAUGAGGAGGUCUUCCAGGGUGAGAUCCAGCAGCUGCUGAUCGCAUCCAAUCCUCAGGCCGCUUAUGACUUCUGCGAGCACUACAGCCCCGACUGUGACUCCCCUCUGCCCAAAGUCCAGUCCCAGGACCCAAACAGCUUCGAGGGAAAGGCGAACAACGGCAAAGCUGAUAAGCCAAAAACUGCCCCAGCCAAAGCUGCUAAAGCCAAGCCAACUCCAAAGCCGAAGGCCAAACCUAUCUCAAAGACAAAACCUACUUUAGCUUCUAAACUAGCAUCCAAACCAAAAGCAACACCGGCCCCAAAGAUUGAAAACAAAAAGAAGGCAAAUGACAAUGGAAAAAAUAACGGUCAAGCUAAAGUAAAUGGCAAUGGCAAAAGCAAUGGGAAUGGGAAAGAUGCUAAUGGUAAGGCUAAGGCUGGCAGCAAUGGCAAAGCCAAUGGCAAUGGGAAGGCAGCUGUGGAGAAAAAAGCAAAAGGAGAAGCUAAAGCUAAUGGCAAUGGUGCGAAAACAGCGAAGACUGAAAAGGCAGCAGUGACCAAAGUAACAGUAGCAAAGAAGUCAGAGACAACUGCGAAGAAAGCAGAGACCAGACCACAACCAGCCAAAGACAAAACAAAAGCCAAUGCAGUACCUAAAGCAAAGCCUAAAGCGACCAAACCUGUGGUACAAAAGUUUCAGACCAAAGUCGCUAAAACUCAAAAACCUGUUGCUUUUAAACCCACCCCUGCGCCUUUGCCUCUCCCUCCAAAGCCUAAGGUCUUGGAUGUCAAUAACGUCAAAUCAAUGUCCAAAAAUUUCCCACCCUUCGACAAGGCUGCUGUGAGUGGCACGACCAUGUCUUCUCCAGAAAUACCCAAGAAGAAACCCACCAAUGGUUAUCAACAGGACGUAGAUCCUGCUUACUCAGAGGCUGACCACACCCCCACAGAGACCGAUUAUUAUUACACAGUAGAAGAAGAGGCGAGCCCACAGCCAGAGAGUGAUCUGACUGGAUAUGAAGAAACCAUUAAUCAGGUUGACGAGACUGUUGGCGCUGAGGAAGUAGAUGCGACCAAGACAGGUGGUGAAGGGGUGUCUCAAAUGCCAGACGAGCCCUUCACUGAGGAGUACAUUACAAGCGACUUUGGAACAAAGGAGUAUGACUAUUCCUACAGGGACUACAAUGAGCCCAUCAUCGAAAGCAAGACGGAAGACACCUUUGGCCCUGCCCUGUCCGCUGUGACAGAUGAGGGAGGUGCCUUCGUGCGAGCCCAGAAGGGAGAGAAGGGAGACCCUGCUGUCCUUGAACCUUUCCGUUUCGGACAGAGUGCUGGCGAAAAAGGGCCCAUUGCCUCGGCACAGGAGGACCAAGUUCAAGCCAUCCUGUCUCAGGCUCGGCUGGCUAUGAAAGGCCCACCAGGGCCAAUGGGUUUAACCGGCCGUCCAGGACCUACGGGAACACCUGGAAGUCCUGGCUUAAGGGGAGAAAGUGGGGACCAUGGUCCUCAGGGCCCCAGAGGUCCUCAUGGAUUGUCUGGUCCUCCUGGUAAAUCUGGUCGGAGGGGUCGGGCUGGUGCUGAUGGAGCCAGAGGGAUGCCAGGAGAGUCUGGAAUUAAGGGCGACCGUGGCUUUGAUGGCCUUCCUGGUUUGCCUGGUGACAAGGGUUAUCGUGGUCAAACUGGAGGAAUGGGACCCACAGGACCCCCAGGAGAGGACGGAGAAAGGGGAGACGAUGGAGACGUUGGACCUAGAGGUCUUCCCGGCGAACCGGGGCCCCGUGGGUUGCUGGGGCCUAAAGGGCCUUCUGGUCUUCCUGGACCUCCUGGUGUUCGUGGAAAUGAUGGUCCACAUGGUCCAAAAGGAAGCUUGGGGCCUCAAGGAGAGCCUGGUCCUCCAGGACAGCAGGGGGCUCCAGGAACACAGGGAAUGGCAGGUCCACAGGGUGCUAUUGGACCAUCAGGAGAGAAAGGGCCCACAGGAAAGCCUGGUCUACCAGGAAUGCCCGGAGGUGACGGUCCUCCAGGUCAUCCCGGAAAGGAAGGCCCCGCUGGAACCAAAGGAAAUCAGGGUCCUAAUGGUCCUCAGGGGUCUAUUGGCUAUCCUGGCCCUCGGGGAAUUAAGGGAGCUCAAGGUAUCCGUGGACUGAAGGGCCAUAAGGGAGAGAAGGGAGAGGACGGAUUCCUUGGAAUCAAAGGAGACUUUGGUGUGAAGGGAGAGAGGGGAGAGGUGGGAAUGCCUGGCCCAAGAGGAGAGGACGGUCCUGAGGGGCCGAAGGGUCGUGUCGGUCCCCUUGGUGAAAUCGGUCCUAUUGGCCUGGUGGGAGAGAAGGGUAAACUUGGUGUGCCUGGACUUCCUGGAUAUCCUGGAAGGCAAGGAAUUAAGGGCUCCCUGGGUUUCCCAGGAUUCCCUGGUGCAAAUGGCGAGAAAGGCGCGAGGGGUUUGAUUGGAAAAACUGGACCAAGAGGACAGAGAGGGCCGACAGGUCCCAGAGGGCAGAGAGGACCCCGUGGGGCAACUGGAAAAUCAGGUGCUAAGGGUGGAUCUGGCAGUGACGGGCCUUCUGGACCACCUGGGGAGAGAGGACUAACUGGACUUCAAGGUCCAAAUGGAUUUCCUGGGCCGAAGGGACCUCCUGGACCUCCAGGGAAAGAUGGACUGCCUGGACACCCUGGACAGAGAGGCGAAGCUGGUUUCCAAGGCAAAACUGGACCACCUGGGCCACCGGGAGUUGUUGGACCACAGGGUCCCUCUGGUGAGACUGGACCGAUGGGUGAGCGUGGUCACUCAGGACCCCCAGGACCACCCGGUGAGCAAGGUCUUUCUGGGCCUUCUGGUAAAGAGGGAACCAAAGGAGAUCCCGGUCCCUCCGGCGGCCCCGGUAAAGACGGACCCCCUGGACUGAGAGGAUUCCCAGGAGAGAGAGGACUGCCAGGAACUCCAGGCACUGGAGGACUGAAAGGAAAUGAAGGCCCUGCUGGACCACCCGGGCCUGCUGGAUCACCUGGGGAGAGAGGAGCAGCUGGCACCGCAGGUACUGUCGGCCCACCUGGACGACCUGGACCUCAGGGGCCCCCUGGAGCUGCGGGAGAGAAGGGAGUGCCAGGAGAGAAAGGUCCGAUUGGUCCAGCUGGUCGCGACGGCAUCCAAGGCCCAGUUGGUCUCCCAGGCCCUGCUGGACCUCCAGGUACUGCUGGAGAGGAUGGAGACAAGGGUGAGGUUGGAGAGCCAGGACAAAAGGGAGCUAAAGGAUCCAAGGGAGAACAUGGUCCUCCUGGUCCACUUGGGCCAAUGGGUCCUGUUGGACAGCCUGGUGCAGCUGGUGCUGAUGGUGAGACAGGUGCGAGGGGUCAACAGGGACCAUUUGGCGCUAAGGGAGAUGAUGGGACAAGAGGGUUCCCAGGUCCUCCAGGCCCCAUCGGACUGCAGGGUUUGCCAGGCCCAGCUGGAGAAAAAGGAGAGAUGGGAGAUGUUGGUCCAAUGGGUCCUCCUGGUCCCCCAGGUCCACGUGGUCCAGCUGGUCCUAAUGGUGCUGAUGGUCCUCAAGGUCCUCCAGGAGGUUUGGGUAAUCCAGGUCCCAUAGGAGAGAAGGGUGAGCCUGGUGAAUCCGGACCACCUGGUCUUGGUGGAGAGCCAGGAAAAAUGGGCCCGAGAGGAGAGCGUGGUGAGAAGGGAGAGGCUGGGCAGCCGGGCACCUCUGGUCCUGCUGGUGGAAAAGGACCCCAUGGAGAUGACGGACCCAAAGGAAACCCUGGUCCUGUUGGUUUCCCUGGUGAUCCCGGUCCCCCUGGUGAAGUUGGACCACGAGGCCAAGAUGGAGCAAAGGGUGAAAGAGGAGAGGAUGGAGAACAAGGAGAAGCUGGUUCACCUGGACCAACCGGUGAGAACGGACCACCUGGACCUCCAGGAAAGAGAGGUCCUCCAGGCACAAGGGGACCGGAGGGUCGUCAGGGAGAAAAGGGAAGCAAGGGGGAUUCAGGUGCCCUUGGCCCUCCAGGAAAGACAGGCCCUGUGGGGCCACAGGGUCAACCAGGAAAACCAGGAACUGAGGGUCUAAGAGGGUUGCCUGGAACAGUGGGUGAGCAAGGUGCUCCAGGUGCAGCUGGCCAGAAGGGACCUCCUGGUCCAAUGGGUCCUCCAGGUUUGGCAGGUCUUCGUGGUGACCCCGGUGCUAAGGGUGAGAAGGGACAUCCAGGUAUGCUUGGUCUGAUUGGGCCUCCAGGAGAACAAGGAGAGAAGGGAGACCGAGGCAUGCCUGGACCACAGGGAUCUUCAGGACCCAAGGGAGAAACGGGUAUGUCUGGAGGAACUGGUCCUCUUGGUCCUGCAGGUCCUGCUGGUAUGCCUGGUCCGAGGGGUAUCAAAGGAGCUAAAGGUGCCACUGGCGGAGGUGGUCCUAAAGGAGAAAAGGGUGUACAAGGACCACCAGGACCACCUGGACCCCCUGGAGAUGUCAUCCAGCCGCUGCCCAUUCAGAUCCCUAAGAAGUCCAAGCGCUCCGUCGACGGCAGUAAGAUGCUCUCUGAGACUGACACUGAGGCUGCCGACGGCACGGGUGCAGAGUUCCUGACUGGUAACAAAGGAAUGGAGGAGAUCUUCGGAUCGCUCAAUUCCCUGCGCCAGGAGAUCGAGAGCAUGCGCUUCCCGCUGGGAACACAGGAAAGCCCGGCCCGCACCUGCCAGGACCUCCACCUCAGCCAACCAGAUCUGAAAGACGGCGAGUACUGGAUUGAUCCAAAUCAAGGCUGCGCUCGGGACUCGUUCAAGGUUUACUGUAACUUCACUGCCGGUGGAGAGACGUGCUUGUAUCCCAGCAAAGCUGUGGAAAAUGUGAAGAUGAACACUUGGCCAAAGGAGAAGCCUGGGUCCUGGUUUAGUCAGUUUGCAAAGGGCAGCAAGUUUUCAUAUGUUGACUGGAGUGGAGAGCCCGUGGGUGUUGUCCAGCUGGGAUUCCUGCGGUUGCUCAGCGUUCAGGCUCGUCAAAACCUGACCUACCACUGCCAGCGAUCAGUGGCCUGGGCGGACCUCACUGCCGACAGCGGCUACCAGAGGGCGCUACACUUCCAGGGUGCCAACGAUGAAGAGCUCAGCUACGAGACCAGCCCCUACAUCAAAGCCCUCGUCGACGGCUGCUCUUAUCGUAAAGGCUUGGACAGGACAGUGCUGGAGGUGAACACACCUCAGGUGGAGCAGCUCCCUCUGCUGGACAUCAGGAUCUCAGACUUUGGGGAGGACAAUCAGAAAUUUGGUUUUGAAGUGGGACCUGUCUGUUUCCUGGGAUAAGCACACACAUGCUGAGGGCAAGGG